AUGGUCACCACCGCCGUCGACGAAACCCCCCUCUCCGUCUCUCCCGUCGAGCGGCGCAACUCCCUGGAGAAGCAUCUCCUGAACCGCCCCGACGCCCAGGACCUGAAGGAGAGACACAUCCUGCUGGACACAAACGUAGCGCCGUCCCUCCAAGCCGCGAGACAGGAGCUCGCACGACAGCGCACAACCGACAGCCUCAAGAAACACCUCGAGCAGCGUCCUGAUCGUGAUGCGCUUGUGGAGCGAAACAUCCUCCCCGCGAGCACCGCGGCGCCGGCGCUGCAGGCCAACGCCCGCGAGCUUGAGAAGCACAUGCGCGCGGACCAUCUCGACCAGAAGAUCCAGAAUCGGCCGUCGCCGGAGGAUCUGAUUUCGCAGGGGAUUCUUAGCGAGGAGGAGGAUCCGCGUAACCCGGCUGUUUAG